UGCAACCGUCCAACAUGGCAGCGCGCUGUAGCUUUUGAGAACGAAGUGUUUUAAUGUUUGCACGUUUUGCAGUUAUGUUAGCUUUGUUUGUACUCAUUUCCCUUUUUAAGGGUUCUUUUUCUACCUUGGACUCUGAAGAAGAUUUCCACCCCGUAGUUGCUCAGGAUGUCCACGGUGAGAACUACCUGCUGUGGAUGUGGAGCAACAGACUUUACAUUUAUUCUGCUGCAGCUCUGCUUUUAGGCUUGUUCUUCUUUCUUGGACGCAGGAAGAUAAUCAAUGCAAAGGAUUCUGGUUCAAAGAUCCAACAAGCUGCAAAAAACAACAACAGUCCAGAGAAAGAUGAUGAUGUUUAUGUUUCAGGGGUUAAAGUCUUUUAUGGCUCACAAACUGGAACAGCAAAGGGUUUUGCCACAGAGCUUUCAAAGGAUGUGCAGACUUUGGGUUUCCCAGCUGAGGUGAUUGACAUGAAAGACUACGAUCCAGAUGAUCGGCUCGCAGACGAGUGUAGCAGUAAGUCAGUCUGCGUGUUUCUCGUGGCCACCUACACUGACGGACAACCCACAGAGAACGCCGAGUGGUUCUGUAAGUGGCUGGAAGAGGCUUCCACCGACUUCCGGUACGGGAACACCUUCCUCAAAGGCCUCCGAUACGCAGUGUUCGGCCUCGGCAACUCGGUCUACGUUGGUCACUACAACACGGUGGGUAAAAAUGUAGACAAGUGGCUGUGGAUGCUCAGUGCCAAAAGAAUCAUGAGCAGAGGAGAGGGCGACUGCAACGUGGUGAAGAGUCGAAACGGUAGCGUUCAGGCAGACUUCCAGGCCUGGAAGGCAAAGUUCCUGAGCCGCCUGAAGGCGCUGGCCAAAGGUGAGAAGAGGAGCUGCAAGGAUGAAGGUUGCUGCAAGAAUAGAAAGAAACAUGGAGAAGAAAAGGAGCAGAAAGCUGUGAUGCAGGAGAACAGCUCCGAGAUGGAUCUGAUUGAAUCCAGCAGUGAGGAGGAAGAGUCUGUCCUGCCAGAUGAGAAAGCAUCACGAUCCGUGGUAGACGUGGAGGAUCUAGGCAACAUUAUGAAUAACGUCAAGAAAGCAAAGGUUAGGAAGGAGGAUCAGGUAAACGGCCAGAUGGUGAAGCUGUCCAAACUGAACGGAGUGUCAAAGACUGAAGGUGAAGAGGAAAGAAGAGAGAUGAUCACCCCUGCUCUAAGGGAAGCUCUGACUAAGCAAGGGUAUAAAUUAAUUGGAAGUCACUCUGGAGUGAAGCUCUGCAGAUGGACUAAGUCCAUGUUACGAGGCAGAGGAGGCUGCUACAAGCACACAUUCUAUGGUAUUGAGUCCCACCGCUGCAUGGAGACUACACCCAGCUUGGCCUGUGCAAACAAGUGUGUCUUCUGCUGGAGACAUCACACCAACCCAGUGGGGACUGAAUGGCGCUGGAAAAUGGACCCAGCAGAGAAAAUCUUGCAGGAUGGUCUGGAAAAGCACCAACUCAUGAUACGGCAGUUCAGAGGUGUCCCUGGAGUGAAGCCUGAGCGGUAUGAGGAAGGUUUGGCCGUCAAGCACUGUGCCCUGUCCUUGGUGGGCGAGCCAAUCAUGUAUCCGGAAAUCAACACCUUUCUUCGCCUCCUUCACUCUCAUGGCAUCUCCAGCUUCCUGGUCACGAAUGCACAGUUCCCAGAGGAAAUCAGGAACCUGGUGCCAGUGACUCAGUUGUAUGUCAGUGUGGAUGCCAGCACCAAGGAUAGUCUGAAGAAGAUUGAUCGGCCGCUUUUCAAGGACUUCUGGACUCGUUUCCUGGACAGUCUCGAGGCUUUGGGAGAAAAAAGACAGAGGACAGUGUACAGACUGACGCUGGUGAAAGCAUGGAAUGUGGAGGAGAUGCAGGCUUACUCUGAGCUCAUUGCUCUGGGACAACCCGACUUUAUUGAGGUUAAGGGUGUGACGUACUGCGGGGAGAGCUCUGCCAGCAGUCUGACCAUGGCCAAUGUUCCCUGGCAUCAGGAAGUGGUCGCCUUCGUCCAACAGCUGGCUGACAUGCUACCUCAGUAUGAGAUUGCCUGUGAGCAUGAGCACUCCAACUGUUUGCUCAUUGCACAUACUAAGUUCAAGGUGAAUGGUGAGUGGUGGACGUGGAUCGACUACGACCGUUUCCAGGAGCUGGUCAAAGCUCACGAUGACAGCGGAGGGCAGCAGAGCUUCUCAGCCUUAGAUUACAUCGCUAAGACCCCCAGUUGGGCUCUGUUUGGGGCAAACGAACAAGGGUUCGACCCCGCAGACACUCGUUUUCAGAGACGCAACAAAACCAAAGACAUCUCUGGAUGCUGAUUCAAAAGAGUUCAUAUUUUAAAAGGUGUGAUUGAAUUAACCAAACUGGGGCAUCUUUAUGAAAAGUUCCUAAAUGCUGGGUUUUUGUUUUUAUCUUUAGACAUUCUGUGAACCUUCUCCGUCUUUUUCCUAUAUUUGGAUCUUUAAAUGUAUUUUUUUGCAGCUGGAUGAAUGUAAAGCUACUAAUACCAUCUUCAUAUUCGCUAACCUUUCCUUUGUUUCAUAUUUUUCAUGGAUGUACAUAGAUUGUUUAGUUUUUAUUUUCUUCUUCUUUAAAUUGGUUUCCCGACAUUAAAGAAAAGUUAUUUUCCAUUCCCUCUUCUAUGUAUUAGAUUGGCUAUAGAGUUUCUGAUGCAAGUAUGACUAUAAUAGUUUAAUAUUGUUUCUCUCGUUAUAAAGUUUUGUUUUAAAGUUACAUCACUUUCUAUCUGCUUACCACAUCAUCUCCUGUCAGUUGGGUUUGAUUUGUCUGGGAUUUUUUUUUUGGCCGUUCAGCAAGUUUAAAAAUGUUUUUUCAAAUUUCCAUGUUUGUUUGCUUUUAAUGUUGAUUUUUUUUUAUAUGUUUUUUUUUUUUUUUUCAUUAGACCAUAGAAUUUCUGAAAAUUGUAUCUGAAUUUUCAUGUAUGGCCUGAAAUAAACACUGGACUUUAAUAAACCGGUGAAGACAUGGUG